GGUCAAGUUUAAAAAGUUUAAAAUUAGGUUCUGUGUUAUUAUGAAAGGAACCUUAACACGUCUUAAGAAUUAUGUUAGAAAUAAAUAAAAUUCUUGCUCAAGCAACGAAAGAGAGUUAUCCAAGAAAGAAUUCCAAUGAAGAUAUUUCCAAAAUCCAAAGUCAUUAUGCUGAAGUAUCUACUGAUUGUGAAAUAUGUGCUAUGCGAUCCAAAGGUCAUAAAUCAUUAAAAAAGGACAAUGUUCAAGAAUGCCAAUCUCUGCCAGAAACUUUAAACAUAUAUCAACGACCAUACUCACCGAUAGAAGAUGAAAGAGUAAAAGUACAUAUCACCCUGACAAACAAGCGCGUCAAAGUAUAUGGAAAAUGGGAUAAAGAUAAACUGAUAUUUUUAUUAAGUGAAAGACUUUUACGAAGAGCUAGAGUAGAACCAGCUUAUCUAUAUGAUAAAAUAACAAUUGCGGAAGUAAAACCAAUACUUUCAAGAACUCCAUACGAUCCUGUAAUACACCGUGGAAUAUAUAAUGAAAAAGUAUUAGAGGAACUGUACCAAAGUGGCAUGACAGAAAUGGAGAUAAUAAGAGCCAUGAAGUUCGGUUUACGGAAUCUCACGGCAAGAGAACUGGAUUACUUUAAACGUUUUAACGUAACAUCUGAGAUAAUGAAUUCUCGUAAGACCUGGACUCAGGAUUUUGAUGAUCUACUAUUCUUAAAUCUAAAAGCCAUCGGUUUAAAAAAAUUUCAAUGUCAGAGCAUUGUCCUCCAUGGAAUUAUUUCUCAAAAUGAGUGUCGACUGGCGCAAUUGGUAUUAGGUGGGAUCGAUGUGCCAGGAAUUCUCAGCUGGCAAGGAGCAGUAAUUUCUAUUUCCCCGAGGAUGAUCCAAUUUCUGAAAAGACUAGGUAUAGAGGAUGACAUUCUGCAGUUAAUCGUACAGAAAGGAAUAGAUGAAGAGACAUUAGAGAUGCUAAAGGAUCUUGGAUAUGUAGAGACUGAACGAGAUGUGCAUCCUGGCAUGGAGGAGGUAGUAACGUGCGAAUGUAGUCUAACUAUCAUAGAAUCAGUACAGAAGAAUAAUAGUCUGAUGACUUUAGACUCUAUGAUAGGAUCAGACAUUAGUGAGAUAACUUGUGAAACUCUUUCUACAAAAAACGGCCGUAUGUGCUUUAAUAACAGUGCAUCGAGUGAAACAAAUUCAACAGAUCUAAAUAUUAUGGCAUUUUUUCAACAACCAAUCUGUCCUUGCCAUAUGCAUCCACAGAGAGGAAAGGAAACUCCCUCGGAAUUGAUAGCCCAAAGAAAUGAUUACUUAAGACAGAACGUAAUGGUACCAUUAGUAUGGGCAAUGAGUAAAGCUUUACAGUACAGACCAUCAGAUCCGAAGCAUUACAUUGCUUAUAAAUUAUUGAGUUGGAAGUAUGGAAAUGUAUCAAAAGCAGAAAUGGAAGAUGUUCGAAAUUUAGUGAUUACUGCUACAAUAGAUAAGGACAAACAGCUUAUUAAACAUAAGCGCAUCGAGGAGGAACUUGAGUUAGAGGCUUAUAAAGAAGCCCUGAAAAAUAUUCCCUGCAAACCUUGUUCACAAAGUCAACAAUUGCACCGUAUUAAGAGAGGUUGCUGGAAAUGUAUUAAGAAAUGGAUUCCAAAAUACAGACCUUGUGAAUUACCAGAAGACUGCAGUUCCUGCGAGGUGGAUUUGUCUGAUUUUUUAAAAUCAAACACCACCUCGUUCUCUUCCUAUGAUUCAUCCAUACCUGACAUCCCAAUUCCAUCGCAAGAGAAAAUUUACUCUGAAUUGGUACAGACUGACAAGAACAUAGAAAAAGAAUUAGAAUGCGUGGAGGGUCAGGGAAAUAUUGAAACUGUUUCCUUCAGUGAAUGCAAUAUUCAUAAGGAAGCUGAAGAAGUGCCACAAGAAUCCAGUCAAUCAGCAUGCUGUCCCUGGAGAUGUGAUUUACCAAUACCAGAUCACUAUACAGAAAAAUCAUCAAAACUAAUGAAAGAGUUGUCAAGAAAUAAAUCCAAUACAACUGUUCAGAAAUCUAUAGGAAUAGAAGAAAAAUGACUGAAUAGAAAAAAAGUAAAAUUUGUAUUGAUGAAUAGUCUCUUGGAUGAUUUCGUAAAAAAUUCUUUAUUUGGUAAUCAGAUUCGUACAUUUGUCGUAUGUUUUAUUUAUCAUUCUUUCUCUUUCUUUUUUUCUGAAUAUCUUAGUGCACCAUUUGGCACCAAACACGAUAAACUGAACGGAAUGAAAGAAUGUCGGACAUUAUAUUUAAAGGAUAUUCUCA